ACACACAAUGUAUGUUUAAAUUUUUUUUUUUUUUUUUUUUUUAAGCAAAGCAGCGGAUUACUUCCUGACACUAAAUUGUAAGUUGUCGUAUACUCUCGACUCGAUGCUGCAGUGAUACGUGUUGGUAAAACUGCAAUAAAUUGUAAACGAUUUCAGCGCGUUUCGCUGCUGUAAAAUUGUAGGGCUGUUGUGUGCGCUGAAAAAAUGGACGUCUUCCAGAGCCUCGAGCAAGGCGACAGCGUUCUAGACCUGUCGCGCCUCGACCUCGACAGCGUCGACAUGGACGGUGUGAGCGAGGAGCGCAGGCGGGAGACCACGCGCCUGUACCUCGCUUCGAACCGCCUCGCGGUGCUGCCCGACGCGCUCUGCCUCUUCGCCAACCUGCAGGUCCUCGACGUCAGCAGCAAUGGGCUCGAGCUCAUCUGCGAAGACGUCACGCGCUUGACGAAGCUGAAGACGCUCAUUGCGAAGAACAACCGGCUGGACGCGCAGUCGCUGCCCAAGGACUUCGGCUGCCUGCAGCUGGAGGUGCUGAAUCUCAGCGGGAACCGCUUCGAGGAGCUGCCCCCUCAGUGCCUGAAGCUGCGGAGGCUGCGCUCGCUGUCUGUGGGCGGCAACAGGCUCAGGGCCAUUCCCGCAGAAAUAGAGAACUUGACCAGUCUGGAGUUACUCUAUCUCGGGGGGAACCUCAUCUCCUUCAUCCCUCCUGAGUUGGCCAACUUGCCUCAUCUCAGCUACCUGGGUUUGUGUGACAACCGCAUUCAAAGUGUCCCACCACAGCUCACCAGGCUUCACUCUCUGCGCUCUCUGAGUCUGCACAACAACCUUCUCACUUACCUUCCUCGCGAGAUCCUCAGCCUAGUGCACCUUCAGGAGCUCAGUCUCCGUGGCAACCCGCUGGUUGUGCGCUUCGUCAGGGACAUGACAUACGACCCACCUUCCCUACUGGAACUUGCUGGGCGUUCCAUCAAAUCGCGAAACCUGCCCUACUCACCCCAGGAUGUCCCUUCACAUCUCGUGAACUACCUGGAUAUGGCAAGCAAGUGCCCAAACCCCAAGUGUGCAGGGGUGUAUUUUGACUCAUGUGUGCGACACAUCAAGUUUGUGGACUUCUGUGGAAAGUACCGGCUGCCUCUCAUGCAUUACCUGUGCUCUCCCGAGUGCUCAUCCCCCUGCAGCUCCGCUCCACAGAGUGACGUGGACUCGGAGGACGAGAGCAGCGUGCCUGCAGACAGGUUGCAGAGAGUGUUGCUGGGGUAGGAGGAAGAGGAUUCACUGCUGCAAGAAUGAACUUCUAGUUUAUUAGCCCAGCUGUUUACUAAUAGUGAUGUACUGUGCUAAUUUACAGCCCCCUUACUGAAGCACCUGAAUGAUGGGAAAUGGGAGGGUGUCUGUCUUCAUAAAGAAGUUUGUUUUCUUCAGUCUUUGAAGGAGCUAUAGAAAACCAGCCUGAAAAGCCAGUGUCAUGUUUGCAGCAAUGUCAGGGAGGGAUUUUGUGGACCCCCAGUACACCGAAAAGCACACCGAAGAUACAGAGUCUUUGAAGCACUUGCCAUUUUGGGUGCACUGUUAGUCACACUGUAAUUAUUGCCUUUAUUUUGUGUUUGUCGCCAUUGUUUAACUCAUUUUAAAACAGUUAAGCAGAUUUACAUACAUAUCAAUAUAAUCACAGUCUUUGUAAAGCCCAGAGUGAACUGUAUAUGAGUUGUUAUGCUGCAUUGAUGGUUUUGUAAUAUGUUAGAUUAAAAAUUCACCUUCAUAAUGUGAAAAUAUUGCACCAGAAAACAAAAUGACUGUAAUAGGUAUAUUAAUAGUAUUUGAAAUAUUCUCAUACAUUAAGUGCAAGCUAGUAUAAGAAUUCCUUGAGCAUUUCUUAGGAGUGGAAGUCCUUUUUAUUGCAUUACAUGCUUGAAUAAAUU